CAGGAUUACGACCAAUGGCGAGCGGAGUCCUCUGAGUGACGAGGCCCCCGGCCCAAUGAGGAUUGGAGGGGAGCGGGGACCUCUUCCAGACCGACUUCAGUUGGAGCCAAUAGUAUCUGGUUAUGGGCGGGGCUAGAACGCAAACGACGGGCGUGACACCCAAUGGCGAGUGCAGGAGCAGGCGGCUCCGGCCAGGAGCGCCGAAGGGGCUGAGGGAGGGGGAAAAGCUGUACAGUGGAGAAGCAGGAAGUAGCCGCGGUGAGAAACGGAGGCAGCGGGGAAGGUGGCGGCGGCAGUGGCUGCAGGAGCUGGGCAAAGACCGCAUAGUGUCAGCCUGGCCCGGGACCGGAACAAGUAAGCCCGUCCCGGGUGUAGGUCCCACCCCCACUAUGGGGGACAUGAAGACCCCAGACUUUGAUGACCUCCUUGCUGCCUUUGACAUCCCCGAUAUUGAUGCUAAUGAGGCCAUUCAUUCAGGGCCUGAGGAAAGUGAGGGGCCUGGGGCUCAAGGGAAGGCAGACCCCGGUGGUGGGGGAGCUUCUGGGGAAGGGCCAGGGGCUGCUGCAGAGGGGCCAGCGACUCCAGCCCAGCCCUCUGACCACAGCCUUCCCCAUCCAGACAUCUCUGCUGUCAGUGUUAUUGUCAAAAACACUGUGUGCCCAGAACAGCUGGAUUCUGUGGGGGGUGGGCCAGGUGGAGAUGGAGCUCGAGCAGGGCCAGGGCCCAAGGAAGGGUCUCUGGGAUCCCGACAACUACAGAAUGGUUUUGGGGGCCCUGAGCCAUCCCCCUCUGGAGCUGCCCGCUCGCCCGGUCCUCCCAAAGGAGAGAGCUGGAAAGACAAGACGGGGGAAGGAAAGCCUUCCAUGGACCUCUUUGCACAUCUCGGGCCUGAGCCUCAGGACCCAGGCCCCUUGCCUCCUCCUGCCCUGUCAUCCCGGGAGGGGGCCCUGACCUCACCUUCUUUCUCUACCCCUUUCGAAUUGAGCCAGGAAAAUGGUCCUUUGCUGCCACCUGAUUCCUCCCAACCCUCAGGAACCACAGAGCCAAGCAGUGUCAGCCCCCUUCAUCCUUCUGGCUCAGGCCGGUCUGCUGUGGCCUCCAGCCCCAAAGAGGUGGGCAUCCUUCCUAGCGGUUCGCCCGCCCGGGUUGGGGGUGGCCCUUUCUUUAAGUCAUUGCCAGCCUCAGGAAACUCUCCCAGCUCCCCAAAGCCAUUGGGCACUAGUCCACCACGGGAUGAAGAGGAGGAGGGAACAGCUGACAAGUGUGUCCCCGAUACCCCUCAGAGCCCUUCAAGCGGAGCUGAGGCAGCUGAUGAGGACAGCAACGACUCCCCAGCCUCUUCUAGCUCCUCCCGACCUCUCAAAGUUCGUAUCAAAACUAUUAAAACAUCCUGUGGGAAUAUCACAAGAACAGUGACACGUGUCCCCUCAGACCCUGACCCCCCUCCUGCUGCUGUACCCCCAACGGAUGGGGCCCUCCCAACUGAGGCUGGCCUCGCAAAGGUCCCACCAGUGACCUCUACCCCUGAGAGCCCCAAAGUGGUGAGUGUCCAGCUUGGGGAUGGCACAAAGCUGAAGGGCACAGUACUUCCGGUCGCUACCAUCCAGAAUGCCAGCACUGCCAUGCUGAUGGCAGCCAGCGUGGCCCGUAAGGCUGUCGUCCUGCCCUCCUCAGCCACCCCCAAGGCCACGGCCAAAAACGUCCUUGGAUUGGUGCCCCAGACCCUGCCCAAAGCUGAGGGGAGGGUGGCAGCAGGGAGCGGGGGCCAGAAAGUCAACGGGGCCUCUGUGGUAAUGGUGCAGCCCUCGAGGCCCACAGGGGCCGGGGGCACGGUGAUCUCUCGGACCCAGUCUGGGCUGGUGGAAGCUUUCAACAAGGUCCUCAACAGCAAGAACUUGCUGCCGGCCUACCGACCCAACCUGUGCCCGCCGGUGGAGGCGGGGCUGGCUCUGCCUCCUUCUGGGUACCGCUGCCUGGAGUGUGGGGACGCCUUCUCCCUGGAGAAGAGCCUGGCGAGACACUACGACCGCCGCAGCAUGAGGAUUGAGGUCACCUGCAACCAUUGUGCCCGCCGCCUCGUCUUCUUCAACAAGUGCAGCCUCCUACUCCAUGCCCGUGAGCAUAAGGACCGAGGGCUGGUCAUGCAGUGCUCUCAUCUCGUCAUGCGGCCAGUGGCUCUGGACCAGAUGGUCGGACAGCCGGACAUCACGCCUCUGGUGCCUGUGGCUGCACCCCCUGCGGCUCCCCCACCCCCAGCUACUCCGGGCAAAGGGGAGGGGGCUGCCGAGUCCCUGGCGUUACCCUUGCCGGCAGAGCCGCCGGCAGCCUCUGUUCCCACCUUUACUUACACCUGCUUUCGCUGCCUCGAGUGUAAGGAGCAGUGUCGAGACAAGGCCGGGAUGGCCACUCAUUUCCAGCAGGCCGGACCCCCUGCUCCUGGGGCCGCCAGCAAUGUGUGUUCAACCUGUCCAAUGAUGCUUCCCAACCGCUGCAGUUUGAGUGCCCACCAGCGCAUGCACAAGAGCCGCCCCCCCCACGUCUGCCCCGAGUGUGGGGGCAACUUCUUGCUGGCCAACUUCCAAGCCCAUCUUCGGGAAACCUGUCUACACUUCUCUCGUCGGGUCGGAUACAGGGAACCAGAUUCCUUUUCCCUCAGAGUCCAGAUCACACAGGAGCCUGAGAAUGGUCCUGUGGGCCAGAGAUGCCUUAGGGUUUGGGAUGUUCCCUGCCUCCUCCUGCUCACCAUGGCCCUUUUCCCCAGGUGCCCAAGCUGUUCAGUGGUGUUUGGUGGGGUGAACUCCAUCAAGUCCCACAUCCAGACAUCACACUGCGAAGUUUUCCACAAGUGCCCCAUUUGUCCCAUGGCCUUCAAGUCUGAACCCAGCGCUCAUGCACAUGUCUACACGCAGCACCCUGGCUUCAGUGCCCAGGAAGCCAAGCUGAUCUACAAGUGCGCCAUGUGUGACACAGUCUUCACCCACAAGCCUCUCCUUUCCUCACAUUUUGACCAGCAUCUGCUGCCCCAGCGUGUCAGUGUCUUCAAAUGCCCAUCCUGCCCUUUACUUUUUGCUCAGAAGAGGACCAUGUUGGAGCAUCUCAAGAACAGUCAUCAGGCUGGGCGGCUGGGAGAGGAAGCUGGGGGGAAAGGGACUGGGGGUACCCUGCUUACCCCUAAGCCUGAACCUGAGGAAUUGGCUCUGUCUCGGGGUAGGGCAGGCCCUCCCACAGAGGAGUCAUCUUCCUCUUCAGAAGAAGAGGAACCCCCUAGUUCCCCUGAGCCCCCCAGACCAGCUAAGAGAUCCCGACGUGAACCACGGGGGAACAGGGGCAGCAGGGGACGGGGUGGGGGGCUUGGGGGCUGGACCUGCGGCCUCUGUCACUCCUGGUUCCCCGAACAAGAUGAGUAUGUGGCCCACAUGAAGAAAGAACAUGGCAAGUCAGUGAAAAAGUUCCCAUGCAGUCUUUGUGAGCGUUCCUUCUGCUCUGCCCCCAGCCUGAGGCGCCAUGUCCGGGUCAACCACGAGGGCAUCAAGCGUGUCUACCCCUGCAGGUACUGCACGGAGGGAAAACGCACUUUCAGUAGCCGGUUGAUCUUGGAGAAGCACGUCCAAGUCCGACACAGGUUGCGGCUGGGCGCCCAGUCCCCGAGUCUGGCGGGUGGACUUGCACGGGGUGGUACCCAGGGCCCUGGGCGGAAGCGCCGCCCAUCCUCAGACUCCUGCAGCGAGGAGCCGGACAGCACCACACCCCCGGCCAAGCCCCUCCGAUCAGGGCCUGGAGCCAGCAGCAGGACGCGCUAUCGGGCUGUGACGGGGGCGGAGCAGGGUCACACGGGAGGGCUGCGUGGUGAUGAGGGGGCCUCACAGUGUCGGGACUGUGGCCUCUGCUUCGCGUCGCCGGGCUCCCUCAGCAGACACCGAUUCAUCAGCCAUAAGAAGAGACGCCGUGGAGGGCUUCCUGGCGGGGGAGUGGGGGCUGCGGAGGAGGCGCCUCCCCAGCCAGGGCCUGAGCCUGAAGGAGGUGACUUGCCCCUUCCUGCUUCGGGGGCCCCCCUGGCCUGUAAAGUCUGUGGCAAAGGCUUUGACAGUCCCCUCAACCUCAAGACACAUUUUCGAACCCAUGGCAUGGCUUUCAUCCGUGCCCGGCAGGGAGGCAAUGGAGACAGCUAGGCCACAGACCCCUGGGGGGAGGGGGCCCGGAGCUCAAGGGGGUUGAGGAUGGAGCCGGGGGCUCCACAGCUGCUGUCCCCUUUAUGCCCAGGCUGGGAAGGGAAUCCCAUCCCCCUCCCCCCACCCCCCACCAAGAGGGACUCUAGUCAUUCCUUCUCUCCCUUGCCCCAUAUUGGGUUUGACACCUGGGUCCUAGAUAGGACCUUUCUUUUCCCAUUUCCCAAACCAACACUAAUCAUCACCCCCCCAGGCCUUUAGUGUGUAGUUGGGGUUGGGUGGGGGUUAGAAACCUGUCUCUGCUUCGGUUUUGGAGGCACACCUGGUAUACCAAGGCCCGGGGAUUGAGCCACCAAGGUGCGAGAUGACGACACAUGCUCCUUCCCCUUCUUGGUCCUCCCAAUCUUAGGCACCAGGAGAGGUGACCCUCCCCCCCCCAGCCUCCCACUGUUCCAGGCCCAGCCCCUACAGUGCCUUUCACUUCUCUUUUUUCACAAACUCCAUGGGAGGUUGGUGGGGACCAGUCUUGUCACUAGGGGCCCAGGGAGGGAAGAAGGGGUAGGUACUCAGGAAUCCUUUAUUCUUGUAGUAAUAAGAAUAAUUAAUAAUAUUAAUAAUGAGAGGGGAGGGGAGCACUCAGCCCAUUAAACUGCU